AUGGAAGACUCGCAGCUACCAUUGGUCCGGUCAGCUAGUGGCGUGCAUGAUGCAUGGUCAAGAUUGGAAGGACAUUUCGAGAAGAGGAGCCUGGCCAACAAGCUCUUCCUUCGUCGACGUUUCUUCACGACGAUGAUGGACGAAGGUGAUGAUGUGCUGGAGCACAUUAACAACCUCAAGACUCUGGCGGAGCAGCUCGACGCGUUCCUCAUCACGGCGUUGGAGUCGAGAGCUGACACGCUGACAUGGGAACUCGUGACGUCUCGGCUACUACAUGAAGACAUGAAGCGCAAGGAACAAGGUGGCGGUGCCGAAGGAACUGCGCAAGGUCAAGCGUUCAUGACUAGUGACAACAACAAGCGCAGAAGGCGUCCGGAGAAGAAGAAGGUCGGAGCAUGCAACUACUGCGACAAGCAAGGACAUUGGAUCGCAGAGUGUCCUUCGCGGAUCCAAGACAACAACAACAACCAACAGCGGUCACAGCGUGCGAAUGUGGCGCGCGAGGACGAGGAUGCCGGUGACUAUCUCUUCUCGGUUGGUGGUGGGAGCAGCGCCAAGUCGAGUAUUGUAUGGCUGAUCGACUCGGGUGCGACGCAGCACAUGACGUGUUCCAAGAAGUUCAUGAAGAACUACAAAACCUUCGACCCAGUUAACGUACAUCUCGCGGACGACGGUGUGGUACAGGCGAUCGGCAGUGGCGACAUUGUGAUGACAAUGAAGACUCCGCGCGGGAUCAAGAAGGGUGUGCUCACCGGUGUGUGGCACAUUCCAAAACUGUCACGCAACUUAUUCUCCGUUGGACGUUUCACCAAGGAUGUUGGACCGGUGAUUUUUGAAAGCGAUGGGUGCUUCGCGGAGUCGAAGAAUCUCAAGUGGAAGCUCGGCGCGAGAGCUGGCAAAGGAUUGUUCAAGCUGUGCAUGACACCGGUAAUGCCUAACGAGGCCAAUGCGGCAAGUUCGGAGGAUCGCAAAGGGGACACCACGUCGUACCUCUGGCACCUUCGACUUGGUCACAUUGGCCAUGGCGGUCUAGACGCCAUCGUCAAGAAAGGCUACGGUAUUGGUCUCGACAUGACGUCAGUGAAGCAGUGGGAGGUGUGCGACGGAUGUUCACUCGGCAAACAAACGCGAGUGAGCUACAUGAAGUCAUCGUCGAACCGUGCGAAGGAGCUGUUGGAAGUGAUUCACAGCGAUGUAUGCGGCCCGAUGCAGACGUCGACUUUCAGUGGCAAGCGCUAUUUCGUCACGUUCAUCGACGACAAGUCGCAUUUUUGCGUCGUGUAUUUACUCCGAAACAAGUCGGAGGUUGCCGCCAAGUUCGCUGAGUUUGUGGCAUUCGCUGAGACUCAAACCGGCAAACGUGUGAAAGUGCUUCGGAGUGACAACGGAGGCGAGUACACCUCGGGCGCGAUGGCCAAGUUCUGCAAGGAUCGCGGCAUCAAGCAGAAUGUGCGCGCUGCAUGA